ACACAGACCAAAACUGGUAAAGCUUCUCACUUUAAAGAGUGCUGCUGCUCCUAAUAUAUAUAUCUUCAAGUUUCUUGUGAUUUAGCCACGUGUUACAACACCAUGCAGAUGCAGUCUAGAUCCGAUUGCACAGAAUCGUUUCUCAUAGCCCAGAUCCAAGAAAAAGCUUCUCUUUUACCUUGACCAAACAGAAGCUUAAGAAAAAAAAAAAAAAACAAACCCAAUCCCAACGGUCAUAAAACGUUCACUCUUCUUUCUUUAUCAUAACGGUUACAUUAGUCUCUCUAUCUCUCCCUCCAAGAAGUGACAAUUCUUGUCCUAGCUCAAGGGGUUCUUGUUUCUUUCUCUAAAAACCCUUCUCUCUCUAAAGACCCUGCAAUAUUGGUAUAAUCUAGAUUUCUGGGAGUAGAUUGAUUUAUUUCUUGUAAAAAAGCUCUUUUCUUUUUAUUUUUUUUUCUUUUGAAAUUUUACAAUGGAACCUGCUAAAAUAGACUGGAAGAAUGUAGAGUCAAUUUUUGUAGAAGAUAAAUUGUAUGAAACUAUUAAUGCACCCAAAUGGGUUGAUUUCUUGAACCCUGGAAAUGAUUCUUUGGAUGAUGAGGCCUGGUUUUGUAGACCUGAUUGUAACCAUCCAAAGACAGUUGAAGAUUUCCUUAAAACAGCAACUCCAAAUUCAAAGCUUUCUAAAUCACCUCUAGGCAGCUGGAACGGAAGAGAUGCAAAAUUGAAGUGGAGAGGGCAAAAUCAGUCUUCAUUUACACCUAAUGGUAGAUCCAUAUUUAGUGAAGAUGGUGAAAACCAGAACCCGAAUUUAUCAACACUUCCAAGUCACCAAGCUAACUUUAAGAAAUCAGUGAUCAAAUCGAGCUCGGAAAAGAAGAGAGCAGUUGAUGAUAUCUCUCAUACCAAAGAGCCACCAAGGCUAAAAAGCACAUUGUCGGCAAGGAAUUUGUUUGCAGGAAAGGAUAUACUAAGUCAUAUUAGUGAGUUCUGUAACGAAUUGAAGAAGAUGGCAACAAGAGCAAAAGAGAGAGAGGGUGAUGAGAAGGAGAGCCAAGCGGGAGAAGAGAAAGAUGUGGUAGUGGUUAAUGAGGGUUCUAGAGAGGUUUUAGGUGAGGUGAACGUCAAGGAGAAAGAUAGGAAGCCAUUGCUUGAAGUGGGUAGUGGGAAAUCUGAAGGAAAUGAGAAAGGAAGUGUAAAAGAAAAGCAAAGGAGGAAGAAAGUAAUUGAUGAUGCAGAGAACAUUCCAGCCCCUCUAAAUUUGGGAAAUGUAAAGCACAAAGGAGAGGAGCGUUUGUUGCAAAUUCGGACAAAUCCUCCUUCCCCUCAAUGUUUUUCUGCCACGCGUGCACCCACCAAAACCACCACCCCUUCUAAGUCUUCCAAAUCCAGACUUAUGGAGAGAGGCAUCCUUCAAGAAGUGAAGCAAUAUAAGGAAGUGCCAAAGGACGAAUCUGCGGACAAAGGAAGCUUUUCCAUUGUGGAUGGAAGAGAAGCAAGAACUCUGGAUGUAUUCUGGUUCCUGAAGCCCUGCACAUUGUCUAGCUAAAAUGGUUGAUUCCCAUCAAAGAUUUCUGAUUCAUAAUUCAUUCUUUUCAUUCUUUCAUUGGUCUCUGGUUAAGUCUUUAAUUCUUUCAUUUAUUCUUCUUAUUUAUAGGUCCAUACAGUCCGAGUCUUUACUCAAUUGAUUCAUUUGAUUUCAAAUAAGGCAAACUGUAAUUAAAACAUUCAAUAGUUGCACCGGAAUUCAUUUCAGCAAAUAAAAUGUACUUUGUCCUCCAUUUUCUUUUUACUACUGAUGCCGGUCAUAAGAGAAUGAAACAAGGCACAAAAUUCUGAGA